AUGUCCGAGGAAUCGCCACGUCGCACGUUGUGGAAAGGACAUGAAGUAGAAACCUGGCUUGAAGAGACGAGGGCUCUGAUCAAGCGCAGAAUCUUAGCAUGGGAGAACCGACAUUCGGACGUCCCAUCCAUCCCUCGUCCUCGAGUGUAUUCUGAUUCGGGCGUUAAUCGAGUUCGGCCUCGUCUCAAAACUUCUCGUUCAGAUCCUCCCUUGCCAACCUCUCCCAGUGACAAGUCCUCAACCCAAACCAAGAUCCGGCGCCUAGUGCCCGCCAUGGGACAUUAUCUACAAAUAUCCGAGCCCAAACAAAUACGGAUUCGCCAUCCCAAUCUUCGCAACCGGGCCCGCCAUACCGCAACCGAAUCCUUGGAAAACCUCGAAGAUAUAACUCCGGUGGAGUCCACCAAAUCUAUUGAUGGGCCGGCCUCGAGCGUUGCAGCAGAGGAGGAAAAUACAGUACCCUCCCUAAUUUUCACAGAUUAUCCCGAAGGACCCGACCCAAGCCUAUCCAGCCCUGAAGAUCCGAUUAGUAUUCUAACUCCCAAGGACUCGGUCGCCUCUCCAGUAGUAGAAAUAUAUCGAGACCCGAUGGGGCCUGCAAGUCCGGGUUUAUUCGAUAGCACAAGAGUUAGGACAUUGAGCGAAACGCAUGGAACUGCGGCUGUCGAUGCUAAGACCCCGGUUUCACCGGAACAGAGACCAUUAUCAUGCCCACCGGUCUUUUUCGCCGCCCCACUUGCACUCGAGGAGGCACUUAUGAAAGGCAUGGAUGUCUCAUCGGAUCCCGAACACCCCGAGUCAAUCGCCAAAAUGGAGGAAGAAGCUGUAUCUUAUCUGGAGUUGGAGCAAUUUGAAAGGGCCACUAAUAUCCUUCUUGAAGUUCUGAAGCUACGGUGCCGCAUACAAGGAGAAAGUCACCUCUUCACGAUUCAAACCAUGUCCAACCUUGGCAUAGGAUACGAAGGCCAAGGGAAACUUGACCAGGCGAUUGAGGUUCUUCUUGUGACAUUGAAGCAAUUAAAGCAUAGUCAUUCCGCUACGAAUCUGAGGUUUCAAAGGUCCAUAAAAGAGCGCCUGGAAGAACUGACAAAAAGACAUGAAGAGGCGAAACGGAUGAUGAAUCGUGCGAUUGCUACUAGAGUGCGCUUCGACGAGGACUUGCCCCUUCAUAUCGAUGUAAACACGACUCCAGAAGCAAUUAUGGCCCACCUCACGAAUCGGCGGUGUCCUAAUCUAACCGAGCUUCUUGAUACACUAGAGUGUAGCAAGGUUCCGGUCAAUCGUGGAGGAUUCGGUGACAUUUGGCAAGGAAAGCUUACCGAUGGCCGCUCAAUUGCUAUGAAACGUAUAUAUCAAGGAGAAAGGAAACUAAACAAACGGUUGGCUCAAGAAUUAUAUGCCUGGUCCAAAGCGAAUCAUCAGAACGUUUUGGAGUUACUGGGCCUAGCUUACUACAAGGACUACUUGGUAAUGGUUUCUCCAUGGAUGCGGUACGGGAGCGUGCACGAGUAUUUAGAAAAGCACCCAGAGUCAAACCGCUUACAUCUGCGGACGGUAUCGAGCACUUGCAUCGGAUCGGAAUGGCAAGCUAUCAUUUUAAGUCCAGCUAGACGCAGAUACUUACCUUAUGGUACUCCUCAGGUACAUGGCGAUCUGAAAGCGAGCGAGAAGCAAAAUAUUUUUGUCUCAGAUGAAGGGGUUCUGAAAGUUGGCGACUUCGGACUUGCAGUGAUGCUGGGCGAACGAAGUGUGGCGUUCCAACCAUCUACCACCGUUGGUCCUCUAGGUACAAUUAGAUGGAUGGCCCCCGAGCUUUUUGAUGAGUCAGGAAGGUACAAUAUAAGCAUGAAGAGUGAUAUCUACUCUCUGGGAAUGACAAUCUAUGUGGGAAACAUUCCACUUCUUAUUAAAAUCUCUAGACUGAGAGAUUAUUGGAAUAGGAAAUCGUAUCUUGCCGUCUACCGUUCUGGGAAUUCGACACCCCAAUGA